CACACUCUCUCUCUCUCUCUCUCUACCAAUUCCCUUAAAAAUAUUCUUCUUUUGUCUCCACCUUGUCUUCCCUUUUGCUUCUUCUUCUUCUCUUUCUAAUUAAUGAAUGGCUCAAUGUCUGUUGCAUUAUGUCACUGAUUGAUAAUUCAUUAAAGGACUUUCUAUUGUAUAAUUUUCCUUCAAGGAAUGCCUCAAAUGGCAGACAAAGAGCUACACAAGGAAUAAAUCCUCUUUGUUUAUUUUUUUUUAAGGAAAAUAUAUAUAUAUAUAUAUAUAUGCACACACAGCUCUCCUCUCUGUCAAUGAUAAGCAACAGUUUAAAAUUACUUUCACUGAUUAGUUUUCCAAAUAAAGUAAAGGGUAAGUCUGUCCCAUAACUUUUUUAAGAAAAUUCUUUUCAGGCAACUUGCUCACUGGUUAAAACUCAUGUUAAGGUUGUAGGUUGGAAGAUACCAUGACUACUUUGGGGUAACUUUGUACAAUUUAUGCCAAAAUCAAGUUUUUACCAAAUCUAUUCCUCUCAACCCCAUCCGAAAUACACCCCAAAAUUUUCUUUGCAUAUUCAUAUGAAUCAUACUCUAAUAGUAGGUGUGUCAAGAAAUGCUUUUGAUGGUCCAAGAUUGCUUCUCAUCUCCCUGGAAGAACUGAUAAUGAGAUCAAAAACCACUGGAAUACCCACAUCAAGAAAAAGCUGAGAAAGAUGGGGAUAGAUCCUCUCACCCACAAGCCACUUCCUACUACUCCAACUCAUGAUCAUCAAUUCCAACAACAACCACACGAUCAACAACAGGAACAAUCACUACCAGAGCCAGUGCCAUCUCUAUCUGAAGUGGGUCAAAACAAGGAAAUAGAGACGAUAUUAUUUGAGUCAUCCAUUACUGACACUGAGGCCAAAGAGGAAGGCCCAUUUAACUCUAUGGAAGUCAAUAAUGGCUUUUCCACAGAUGAAGUCCCACUGAUUGAACCCCAUGAAAUUAAUCUUGUACCUUGUGUUCCCUCAGUCCCACUGAUUGAACCCCAUGAUAUUAACCUUGUACCUUGUGUUCCUUCAUCAUCAUCACCAUCAUCAUCAUCAACAAUAACCUCUUCAUCAUCAUCAUCAUCAUCGUCAUCAUCAUCAUCUUCUUCUUCAUCUUCUUCCUCCCACUUUUCUUCAUCCAACAUAUUGGAGGAAUUGGAGUUGCCAACUUUUGAAUGGGGCAUGGGUUUCUGGGAUGAUGACUUUAGCAAUGCUUUGGAUUUGUUGAUCAGUGGUGCUGAUAACUGGAAUGCAACUGUUGAACCUCUUCCCCCUCCCACUCCCACCCAGUACCCAACAAGAAUGGUUCUUGAUCAAGAAUCUUAGAGCUCUUGUGAUUUGUAAAAUUCUUGUCUUGGGCUUCUUUGUAAUUUGCUUGUCAAGGAGCUAGGUAAAAAGUCCAACCAUUGUAUUUGUUACCCUUUUUUUUUUUUUUUUA